UCCCCUGCGCUGGGAGACAAGGCUCCCUAAGGAAGGCCCCUGGGCCUAACCCUACCCUGCUUACCCCGUGGGCCCGGCCUGACGGGCAAAGUGCUCCUUGGCCUCUGCCAGAAGCGCUGAACGGCAUUGACGUCUGCGUAACCGCAGCUGCUUUAGAGCCGUAGAAUCGCUUCUGUUGGAAAACGCCUUUAACAACAUCGAGUCCAACCACUCACCUCACAUUGCCAAGCCCACCACUAAAUCGUGUCCCUACACGGCUUUGCAAUAUCUCCAGGGAUGGGGACUCCACCACCUCCCUGGGCAGCCCGUUACAGUGUCUAACAACACUCUUGGUGUAAAAGUUCUUCCCCUGGAGCAACUUGAACCUAUUGCGUCUUGUCCUGUCAUUUGUUACUUGGGAGAAGAGACCGACUCACACCUUGCCACAACCUCCAUUCAGGUACAAUCGGAAGACUCUGUGAAAAAUAUGAAGGAUUAAAGGGACCACAAGUAUAAUCUCUUAUCUCAUCUCUGUGAGGAUAGUAACUCCAGACUUUUGUUGAUGUGGCACCGUGGGAGAAGCUUACACUGCUGUCUCUGUGUAGGUGAUGGCAAGUGUGUGAUCUGUGACUCCUACGUGCGGCCCUGCACUCUUGUGCGCAUCUGUGACGAGUGUAACUACGGCUCCUACCAAGGGCGCUGCGUCAUCUGUGGGGGCCCAGGAGUAUCUGAUGCCUACUACUGCAAGGAGUGUACCAUCCAGGAAAAAGAUAGAGAUGGUUGCCCCAAGAUUGUCAACCUGGGCAGUUCCAAGACAGAUCUCUUCUACGAAAGGAAAAAGUAUGGCUUCAAGAAGAGGUGAUCCUAUCUGUACGUGGCUACACCUCCAGUUGGGUUGGCAAGAGGGUCUUGGAACAUCUCUGGACUUUACUAUUAUUGAAAAACUGGUUCAUUAUUUUUUCCUAAAGUAGUACAAAUUCAGUAGUGUAACUGGGGUUGGAGCAGGGACUGAAACUUGAUCAGAACUGACAACCAGGCAGAGCAAAUAAGGAUUACUGUCUCUUGCGUUUUGAGAACCUCUGCUAGUAGCUGCCCCAGCUCCCUAUAAAAGCCCUGAUGGGCAAGUAUUUACUUAUGGAGGAGACCAGCUCAGUAGAAAGCAAAUGGCAUUCCUUUUGUGGGGAAACACCUUGCAGUUGUUCUUACCAGGCCUCCUCUCAAAGAUUUAGAACUGCCUCACGCUUUAUUAUCGAGGAACAGAGUGCCAGUCUCUUGUGUGCGCUCCCCUCUCUCCCUUCUUCCAGUAUAUUUCCACACUGCCCUGUUUAGUAAGGAACCUGCUUGUAGCCCAUGCCGUCCUAGGGAGAGCACAGCUGUUCCCUGUUUUCUUUGACAGAUUAAUCCAAGGCCUUUUCUUGUAACCAUUUCUGUAGGAUGCAUACCAAUAAAGCUUCUUUUGGGGUUUUUUUGUAUAACAA